AUGGCAAACGAACAAGCCAUGGGCUACGCAAGCAUCCGAGACGCGCUCUUGCCGUUCGUCCCGCCCGUGCUGCGUGUGAACGCGGCGACGCUCGAGGCGCUGCAGCCUUCGACGGACCAGCUGCGCAGCGUGCUCACUGCCGCGAACGCCAAGCGGCUCGGUCUCUUGCUCGUAUGGGCGGUCGGCCUCUACAGCGCCGAGCAGAUCGACGCCGCGCCGAUCUUUGUCAUGGGCAGCAUCCUCUACGCCGUGCUCUCCAACCUCGGCGACAAGGCCACCGACUCGGUCAGCGUCGAUGAGGAUGGCAACGAGAUCCAGCUGCCGAGCGCGUACUCGGUGUUCAACCGCAACAAGCAGCGGCUGCCUGGCCAGCUCACGACCGAAGAUUUCGAGUCGCAGCUGCGCCACCGCCUACCACAAGACCAUCACGACAGCAACGACGACGACGAUGAUAUCGCUGGCGCCCAUGCCGAGAACGAGGAUGACGAUAGCGAUGCAGAGAUGCGCGAGGCCAUUCGCCGGUCCCUCGAAGACGCGCAAAAUGCACGGAAGAAGCACCGCCGCAAGCCACGAUGCUAA